AAUAUAUCGCCGAUCAGAUUCCGAUGUCGUUACUCGCCUAAGAUAUUCAGGAUAGAUUUUUCUGUGGAUGCGAUGCAUGGAUUAUUGGCUGCGGUACUUACUGCUGCCAUUUUUGGCGCAAUUGGAGCCGGUUGUGUGGUUGUACCAAGCACUAAUUGCUACGUCUUCGAUAAUACCAGCCAUAUCUAUGAUUUUAGCAGUUUGUUUGGACAACUUUUCGAGUAUGAUGAUGAGAAGGAUCCUGAUUUGGUAGUACGAUUUUGUAAAGAUGUCGAGACUAGAGCCCGAACGGGAUAUGUAGAUUAUGGAAGAUAUGACAGUCUCAAUUAUUUCAUUGCCAGUGCUGGCACUGGUAACUUUCUUCAGGAAUACUUUAAUGGUGACAUAAAGAACUGUGAGACAACUUAUGAUAAACUGGGACGCACGGCUCAGGUAAAUAUAAUAUGUGGAAGUUGUCCUAAUGGACGGUGUGUAGCUGGAAUUGGAUGCAUUUGCAGUGUGACAUAUGAAUCUACUUGCAGAGUACUCAUUGAUCUCGCCCUACCUUGUGUGAAGCCAGGCUUACGAGUGUUUGAAGGCUUCACAGUUGGUUUUCAUCCACGGUCAUGGGAAGUAGUCUAUAAUGGCAUGACACAAGUGGGCUAUGAAAAGGCUUAUGAUGAAUUUAGCUUCAGCACUGAGCAAAGAGAUGUAACCCUAUACCUAACAGCAGUUGCUUCCUUAUCGAGUUUGGUGCAGAAACCCACAAUCAAGGUUUCUCCACAGGAAGGAUUAGUGGUUAAGUUGUCUGGUUCAGGAGCAAAUGGCAACCCACCAACAACCUUGUCUCCCACAAUGAUAGCUGUGGAUUGGAGAUGUGAAAUAGCCCGAGACAAACCUUAUGAAGUUAAUAUCACAAUUCCAGUAUUGAAUUAUGCUCCAGUUCAGUUUACUUUUGCAAAGUUAUGCGAUCACAUUCAGAAUGAACGUGGCGAAUCUCUGAGAGGAUGGGGUAUAUUUGGAAUAAUUUCAUGCAUAUUAAUUGUUGGUUUAACACUCUCAUGCGUUGGAGGUUUCAUCUAUAAGAUGCGAGUGCAGAACCUGCGUGGGCUCGAUGCUGUCCCCGGAAUGGCGAUAUUAUCUGCAUGUUUGGAAACUGCAAGCGGAGGCUUGGGAGGACCUAGGUAUACGCGCCCAGACGAGGCAAAUGAUCCUUUCGUAAACCAAGCUGCACGGGAGGAGCAGGCAGCUUCGACUCGUCGAACUACAUCAACAAGUGAGAAAACUUACGGGUCGAUCUGAUUACGCAUCAAGAUUUUUCUACCAUGAUUCCCGCUCCAGCUUAAUAUUGCUUUCUUUUCAAGUACUAGUAAUUAUUAUUUCAACAACACCCCAUUUUGUUAGUAUGAGGUUGUUAUUUCAAGUAAUGUCAAAAGGAACUAAUCUAGUUGAAAAGAGAAUAGCGAAGGUAGAAUUGUUCUGUUUCGUGUGUACAUUUUGUUCACGUAAACUAUAUAUUUACGCAAAUUACGCAAGCAGAGAUAGUUGUGAUGGCGUUCACUUCAA